UCUGGGAUAGUUGUUAAUUCGCCUGCUAUGCUGAGGGAUAAUUAAAGGGAAAAAAAAUGGGUUGAUAAAAAAAGCUAUAAAAAUAACAAAAGAUGGGAACUACUUUAUGAUCAUAUAAGAUGGAUUUGUCAGGAAAUAUUCUUGAAGGAAACAUUUUUAAGGUUUCUGAACAAAGUUUGCGCACAGGUGUCCAAACCCUUUUACGCACCUUUUUUUUUUUUACUUUAAGGCAGAGUUUAAUUAUCUUUAGCAGAGAAUUCUUAUUAUCCAUCUGGAUUUUUCAGAAUGUUAAUGUUAAACCGAUAGAUCGUAGUUUGAGACUCUUUGCUUUUUCUUCACCGAACCUGUCAAUAAUCGACCACCACCUGUGGCGGAUGAGUCAGCCAUCGGCGCGGUUGACCCCUGCAGCUGUUUACGGGGACGGUGUCAGCCUGAAAAAGACAAGAUGUUUCACUCAUAAGAAAAAUACAGUGUCAGAGCUGCCGACGCAUAGCUACUCAGUUAAUCAUCUGCCCACGCCAGGAUGCUACGCUCCGCUCUGCAAAACCAGAGAAAUGUUUCCGCCUGUUUGUCAUUACUGCUUUCUUGACUGGUGGAUGUCGAGGCUCCGCUGAUUCUUUUUUCUCUCUCCAAGUUUCCACCGUCGCCUCCGUCUUUUUUUUUUUUUUUUUUUUUUUUCUUGACAGGUGAUAUUAAGGUGUGAUUUUCUCUCUUGUCUUGGGAAGCGCCUGGUGAUUAUUUCGUGGCCACACGCAGUAUGCGCGCAGAGGGGCUGGAAGCUGGAGGAGACUCGGACUGAGAUCUCACAGACACCGAGCGCGCGUCUUUCUCUCUCUUGGACACAUCUCGGAGAUAACUGUGGUUUGGCUCUCUAUACUCUUUUUUUUUUCCCUUGGCAUUGCGAUGUCCACAAGGAAGACAUCGUUGACGGACAAGCAGACUAAAAACGGCACGUCAAAAUAUGUGUUGGAGAGAUGCGCUUCUAUUAACGAGUAUUAUGAUAUUGCCUUUAAGGUGAUGCUGCUGGGAGACUCGGCCGUGGGGAAGACGUGCCUCUUGGUGCGCUUUAAAGAUGGGGCCUUUCUGGGAGGCAACUUUAUAGCCACCGUUGGAAUAGACUUUAGGAAUAAAGUGGUGGAUGUUGACAACCUGAAAGUCAAACUCCAGAUCUGGGAUACAGCCGGCCAAGAGAGAUUCCGCAGCGUAACGCAUGCCUACUACAGAGAUGCCCAGGCAUUACUUCUGCUUUAUGAUAUCACCAGCAAGCUGUCAUUUGACAAUAUCAGGGCUUGGCUGACUGAAAUACACGAGUAUGCCCAGAAGGAUGUGGUCAUCAUGUUGCUCGGCAACAAGUCAGACAUGGCUGCAGAGAGGGUCGUGAAGACGGAGGAUGGAGAAAAGCUGGCGAAGGAGUAUGGAGUGCCAUUUAUGGAAACCAGUGCGAAGACAGGAGUCAAUGUGGAACUGGCCUUUCUCGCUAUUGCAAGGGAGCUGAAGCACAGAGCAACGCAGCAGCCGAAUGAGCCCAAGUUCCAGAUACAUGACUACAUCGAGUCUCAGAAGCACAAGUCCGGCUGCUGCGGCCUCAUGUAGCUGAUCCUGAUCACCAGGCAGAGAGAGACACACAAACAGAAAGAGAAAGAGUGAGAGAAGGAAGGAGGGAGGAAGGGAGUGAGAACGAGGUAAAAAAAAAAAAAAAAUAGUCUGCUCUCUUACAAAAGCCAAUCCCAGCGCCAAACCUGAGAAGUGGACAUCCUCCUCUUCUCCACUGAGCUUUUAGCUGAAUGAAAAUGAACCUGGAUUGGACGCCAUCCCUUAUCUGAAAUGUGAAUUUAAAUCUCUUUUAUGUCAUGCGUAGAGAUGUCUGUGGUCUUUGUGGUGACAGUUGUAUCAAACGACAAAGUCAGGAGUUACAAUCUGAAAUGCUAUAUCCAUCAAAAAGAAAAAAACAAAACAGCAUCAUUCUAUACUUGAUAAACGGCAGUUUUAUAUAUGAACAAUUAAUAUGACUGUUGAUGUGGAUAUAGCAUUUUUGCCAUGCAGCUCUUAGUUUGUUUUUCAUCCCAGUUUAACCAGGCUGUGAACUGAAUCCCUUUUGGCCUUACAGUCUUCAUCUUUAUUUAGUGUGUUUGAGAUAAGUGGACUUCAGUCUCACAGUCAGAUUGUAGCUAAAAUGAUCCCGUCUGUUCACAUCUGUACUGCUGUUAGAUAGAAUAAAGCCAACAUUUUGAGGGCACUCGCCCGCUGUGUGUCUGUUUGUACCUUCAAUUCAGGGCCAGUGAAACGUCAUUCAAAGUACUGUACAUGUAAACGUGCUGGAGCAUCAUCCCACUGUUGCACCAGGAUACACUCAAAGAGAUUAUUUUCGUUAUGUCUUGGUUAGAGAUUCCUCAGCAUGCAGUCUGCCUUUUUACCAUGUGUCGUUCACACACCGAGAUGCGGCAAACCACAGCACUCACUGAACAUUGUUGUGUCUCCUUUGAUGAUGGAUGUUGUUGUCUAGACUGUACAGAAGCUGUAUUUGUUCAUACGCCGCAUCGUGUAACUUUGUUUCUUUGUACAAUGUUCAUUAUGAAUGUUUGCUUGUCGAAACUUGCUCAAUGUCACAUUUGUUCCUCUUCUGAGGCGUCACGGUGAUCACAAAGUGCCACGAAAAAGUGCUUUGUUAUCAUAUUAUAUAUACAUAUAUAUAUAAAAAGUAUAUUUUGUAAUGUA